UACUAAUACUUUCUAAACUUUUGUUCUUAUAUAGCAUUCAUAGUUAGAACUCCUAACACAUUAGAUACGAUGUGUUCCUAAAUUAAUGAAGAUAACAUCCUUAUAUCUUACUUAACUUUGUCAUCUUUUUUCUUCUUAUAUAGCGAUUCAUACUUAGAAUUCCUAAUACCUUUCCUUUCAUUUCUCAUGCCAUGCAAUCAUCUCCUUCUUCCUUCCCUUACAGAUUCAGAUAUGAUGUGUUCCUCAGUUUUCGAGGGAAAGAUACUCGCCAAGGUUUCACAGGAAAUCUCUACAAAUCUCUUUGUGAUAGAGGAAUUCACACCUUCAUCGAUGACCACCACCUUCCCAGAGGGGACCAGAUUUCCUCUGAACUUGAGAACGCAAUCCAAGACUCCAGAAUUUUCAUCAUUGUCCUCUCUCAAAACUAUGCAUCUUCCACCUUCUGCUUAAAUGAACUUCAUUACAUCCUGAGGUUUAUUAAGCAUAAGGGUCGGUUGAUUUUCCCAGUUUUUUAUGGAGUUGACCCUUCUCAUGUGAGACACCACACAGGUACUUUUCGAGAGGCGUUGGCUCAUCAUCAAAACAAGUUGAAUUCUUAUUCCAACUGGGAGAAGCUUGAAACAUGGAAGAUGGCUCUGCAUCAAGUGGCUAACUUGUCUGGCUAUCAUUUCAAACAUGGGGAAGGAUAUGAAUAUGAGUUCAUUGAGAGGAUUGUUGAGUUGGUCUGCAGCAAGAUUAACCGUGCUGCUUUACAUGUUGCGGAUUACCCAGUUGGAUUAGAGUCACAGGUGCUAGAAGUAAAGUUGCUUCUAGAUGUUGGAUGUGAUGAUGUUGUCCACAUGGUGGGGUUCCAUGGACUUGGUGGAGUAGGGAAAACGACACUUGCUGCUGCAGUUUAUAAUUCCAUUGCUGACCAUUUUGAAGCUUUAUGUUUUCUUGAAAACGUGAGAGAAACUUCGAGCAAACAUGGGUUACUGCAUCUCCAAAGCAACCUUCUUUCCGAAACUGUUGGAGAGAUUAAGUUAACAAGUGUCAAAAAGGGAAUUUCUGUAAUACAGCACAGGCUCCAGAAAAAGAAGGUUCUUUUGAUUCUAGAUGAUGUUGACAAAGAGGAACAACUACAGGCACUUGCAGGAAGACCACAUUGGUUUGGUCUAGGCAGUAGAAUCAUCAUAACAACUCGAGACAAACAGUUGCUAAAAUGUCAUCGGGUUAAAAGAACAUACGAGGUUAAAGAAUUGAAUGAGGAAAAUGCUCUUGAAUUACUUACUUGGAAAUCUUUCAAGUUUGAAAAAUUUGAUCCAAGUUACAAGGAUGUUUUAAAUCUGGCAGUAACUUAUGCCUCGGGCCUUCCAUUGGCUUUGGAAGUAAUAGGUUCCAACUUAUUUGGAAAAAAUAUAGAACAAUGGAAGUAUGCUUUGGAUCAGUACAAGAAAAUUCCU